AUGUCAUCUCCUAAUCCUAGAUAUUCUAUUCAACGUAUCAAAGGUUACUACAAUAACGUUGGAGCAAUCCAUAAUCCUGAAGUUGUCUUAUCUUCAUAUAAUAAUGGAUCGCGGCAAAUGACUCUUAAUGAUCGUUUCAAUUUUUUACGCCGUGGAUACAAUAUUUAUGAAUUAAAAAAAGCAAGAGAAAGUCAAAGAAAUUAUACUGUUACUUUAACUCAUAAUUUUGCGGAUGUAUUCAAUUUUGUAUUCAUAAUAAAUGGUAUAAAUGUAACUUUUUUAAGAAACGAUGGUAAUACUACAAUUGCAUGUACCACAGCAAUUGAACAUGCUAAAUCAUCAGGCCAAUGUCAAGAUGAUAUUUAUCUAAAAAUUGGGGAUGCCUGUCGAAUUGGUAAUGAUGCUUUAGGAACAGUUGCUGCUUGUGAUUUUUUUUAUAAUGAAAAUGCAAAAGCAAUUGUUGGACCAGAAUGUUUUGAUGAAAGUUCUCAUUUAGCUCUACUUUCAUAUCAUUGGAAAAUUCCAUUAUUUAGUCCAAAUGGAAAAGUUGUAUAUAACUACAAUAACACCGUAUUUCCUACAGUAAUACAUACAUCAUUUUCAAAUGUUGUUUUAUAUGCAAAUAGUUUGAUGCUAUUUAUGAAUAGAUUUAAUCUUUCCUCUGUAACUUUUUUGGGACCAAAAGAUGACAGAAACAUUCACUUUAGAUCAAUUUUUGAAGGUGUUAAUAAAUAUUUUAAAACAUAUUUUUACAAUAUAACAACAAAUAUUAUUUCAAUUGAAGAGUCAAGAUUGUCUUCUUAUAAUCCCAAAGACAUUGGUUUGAUAAGUUUCAUAAAAUUAAUUGUUAUUGAUACCAGUUUUAAUGACUUACAUAGUGUAUUACAACAAAUGGAGGUAUCAUCAUUAUAUGAUCAUGGAUAUAUUUUUAUUCUUCUUUGUUCUCAACAUUCUUCUGUUUGUGAUAGUAAUAUAGAUAAAAUCAUAUUAGAUUGUAAUAUGUUGUUAUUAGGACCUUAUUUUAAAAAUUAUACAGAUAUAGAUUUGUUAAUGAGUCAAUAUUUUAAAGAUUCAUAUAAUAGAUUUAAGGGCAUUAAUUAUCUAUCAACAUAUAUAAGUUGUUACUCAUCAUGUGUAGCAUCAAAAUUAAAUACAAAUUUAGAUGGUACAUCAGUUGUUAAUACAAUGAAAGGAAAACAAUUGAAUACCUCAUUGGGUAAUUUUAUAUUUGAUCAAAUGCCUUCAAUUUUAAUAACACAAUCUUUUUCUCAAUAUGACAGUGUGAAUAACACUUUUGUUGAUCUUAUUUUAACAAAUCCAAUUGCUUCAACUUGUUCAAAAAAUAAAUGUUUUAAUUUAGAAAUUAAAGUUAACAAUGAUGAAUUUUGGAAAUCUCAAUUGGCUAGUCCAUUAACACAUUGCCAUUUAUUUAAAAAUUGUACAAAUUAUUUAGUUAUCAUACUUUGUGUUACAGGAGCUGUUGUUUUAAUUAUUAUAUUGAUACUUAUAUACAUGUUAAGAAGACAACGUCGUCUAAAUGUUUAUAGAAUGAAUUGGAAAAUUCCUAAAAGUCAGUUCAAAGUUAUAGAAAAUAAAGUAUCUAAUUCAAAAAAACAAGGGAAUACAGCCGAAACUUUGAGUAGUAAAAGAAGAUAUAUUCAUGCUUAUGCAAUAGUUGAUACAACAAAGGCUGAAUUUUUACAAUUAAGACAACUGAAAAAGAUUGUAUGGUCUAAACCUGAAAUAAAAUUUAUCACUGAACUUAAAAAGAUUUCACAUGACAAUUUGACAAAUUUUCUUGGAGUUAAUUAUAAUGAUACAGAUAAAUUUUAUAUGCUCAGUUCAUUAAUUGAUAGAGCAUCAUUAGAGGACUUGGUAGAUGACACAGAUUUCAAUUUGGAUAUGACAUUUAAAUCUGCUUUUAUCAGAGAUAUUUUAAAAGGACUUCAGUAUCUUCAUAAAUCAUUCAUUGGUUAUCAUGGUCUACUUAACAUUCAAACAUGUUUGAUAGAUGCAAACUGGGUUUUAAAGUUAAGUAACUUUGGCAUUACUAAUAUUUUACAUAAUUUAAUUCAUGAUGAGGUUUUAAAAAAUAUUGAAUUAAUAAAUCUUCAUUUUUAUCAAACAAUAUCACCAGAAAAUUUACAAGGAUGUAAUUUUGGAAUUAAUUAUCCCAUGGGAUCACAAAAUGGAGAUAUAUAUAGCUUUGGUAUUAUUUUAUAUAGAUUAACAUAUAGACAUGGACCUUUUGAUCAUGUUAGUAUGGUUCCUAAAGAUAUAUUGAAAGAAAUUGUAAAAAAUACAAUUGAACCUACAUUUGAUGAAACACUUGAAGAUAAUUCUUUACUUGAUUUAAUGAAAAACUGUCUAAAAUUUAAUCAUUUAGAAAGACCAUCACUUAAAGUAUUAGAAUCAAGUAUAACAACUAUUCUUCAUUCUACACGUGGUAAUCUUGUUGAUCAAAUGAUUAAUAUGAAUGAAAAAUAUGCUCAAAAUUUGGAAAAAGUUAUUGCUGAAAGAACAAAUAUGUUGGUUGAGGCACAAUUACAAACAGAUAGACUUUUAUCUGAAAUGUUACCACGAUCAAUUGCAGAAACAUUAAAAAAUGGUGGAACAGUUGAACCAAAGCUUUAUGAAUCUGCAACUGUAUGUUUUGUUCAAAUAUGUGAUUUUGCAAAAUUUAUGGAAGAAAAUUUACCUCCAGCAGUAAUGUCAUUUUUAAAUGAUAUAUUUAAUAUGUUUGAUGAUGUUAUUCAUAAUUAUGAUUGUUAUAAAGUUGAAACUAUUGGUGAUACAUAUAUGGUUGUUAGUGGUGUUCCUAAAGAAAAUGAAGGAAAACAUGUUUUUGUUAUUGCUGAAGUAGCUAUAUCACUUCGAUCACAUUCAUUACAUUAUGAUGUUCCUGUUAAACCAGACUGGAAAUUACAAGUUCGUAUAGGUUUUCAUUGUGGACCAAUUGCGGCAGGUGUAAUUGGAUUAAAAGCUCCAAGAUAUUGUUUAUUUGGUGAUACAGUUAAUUUUGCCUCUAGAAUGGAAUCUAACUGUCCAGCAAAUCAAAUACAAGUGUCUGAAUCAACAGCAUUAAAAUUAAUGGAAAAUCCUGAAUAUAGAUUAAUAAAAAGAGGUAUAGUAAAAGUUAAAGGAAAAGGAGAUGUAAAUACUUAUUGGCUUAAUGAACAUUUUCAUCAAAAUGAAAUUCUAUCAGCUUCUAAAUCAUAA